AGCGGAAGUAUCGGUGACGAAAGCGGAGCGGCGCCGGGGCCGGGCCGGACCGGGCCGAGAUGGCGGCGGCGGUGGUGGCUGGGCAGACUGCGUGGAGCGGCUUCCUGCGGCUCUGCUUCGUGUUCGGCCUGUCCUUCCUGGCGCUCACCGGGCUGUUGCUGGUGCAGCUGGCGAACGCGGCCAAGAAUUUUGAGGAUGUCCGGUGUAAAUGUAUUUGUCCUCCUUAUAAAGAACAUUCGGGAUAUAUUUAUAACAAGAACAUAACUCAGAAAGACUGUGAUUGCCUGCAUGUUGUAGAACCUAUGCCAGUCCGGGGACCUGAUGUGGAAGCUUACUGCCUGCGUUGUGAGUGCAAAUAUGAAGAAAGAAGUUCUGUCACAAUCAAAGUUACAAUUAUAAUUUAUCUGUCUAUUCUGGGCCUGCUUCUACUGUACAUGGUAUACCUUACACUUGUUGAGCCUAUUUUGAAGAGGCGUCUCUUUGGACAUUCCCAAUUGAUCCAAAGUGAUGAUGAUGUUGGGGAUCACCAGCCAUUUGCAAAUGCCCACGAUGUGCUAGCCCGAUCCCGAAGCCGGGCUAACGUGCUCAACAAAGUGGAGUAUGCCCAGCAACGUUGGAAGCUUCAGGUUCAAGAGCAGAGGAAAUCUGUGUUUGACCGGCAUGUGGUCCUCAGUUAAUCUGGAAUCCAGUGCCAACGUGGCUGGAAGGAAGGAAGGUGGGCUGGAAAAAACUGCCCAUAUUUUCCUGAUUUUUUUAAACCGCUGCUGAGAGAUUUCACUAAACGUCCUGGAUGAUUCAAAACUGGAAGCAGAGGGGGAAACAAGCUUUUUUUAAUUUAAAAAAUAAAAAGUAUAACUGGAAAAAUUUUAAAGCACAUGUCUCAGAAGCCAAAAAGCCACAAACAGUUCUUUCUGGCUUUUCCUAAUGAAGCUAAAUCUACCUAUGAAUUACCUUGAGAUCCUUUCUCUCUGGCAGACAUUCAUUUCCUUCUGCACUCCUUCAUUACCUUAAUUCUAACAUAUUUUUCAAGACAAUUUUCACACUCUUUGUGUGUAGGGGGAGGGAAAUACAGCUUUUACAUGACACUUUAUUUCAUGGACUUUUGUAAAUAGAUGUUUCCUAUUGUAUUUUUGUGCUUGGUCUCAUUUUCAGUGGAGUCAGACUCUGCUGGAAAUGUUGACUUGCUCAGUUGAUUUUGUGCACUGACUGUAUCCUAAGCAGAUGAUUGGCUUUUGGCAACACUUGGUAAGUUGACUGUGAAAUAUUGCUGACAGAAAUGCAGAUUUACUUCAGUACUGUGAUGUAGAUAAACUCUCCAGUCUAAUGCAGAGCAUUCUGGGAUGGGAUGGCCCAUUGCUAGUUUUCUCAGUGACUGAACAAAUGGUGUUGGUGUAUGUGGUUUUUCUUACCCUCUUCUCAUGGCCUUAGGGAAAAAGCCUCAAGAUUUGGAAACCAUGUGAUAAAGAAAUCCAUCUUUAAAACUGAAGCCUCCCUGAAUCGGUGGCUUUUGCACAUUCUUCAGUGUUUCCAGUCAUCUUGAGAGGUGGCUGGUGGCCUUUGUUGUCUGUCUUUGAACUGUAAUUAAGGUCCUGGACAGUUAUUGGAUAACUGGCUCUUUACUUUCUACAUCCUCUCUGGAAUGUAACAAUAAAAAUUAAUUUUUGAAAAACCCA